AUGUCACGUGAUAAUAAAAAAUCAAAUGUAUUAUUGCCGGUACUUGUUACCGCAUUUGCAAUCCCUCUGUCAAUGUUAUUUUGGAUAAUAAAUGUCAUAUAUUCUAUUUUAUCACCCAGGGAGAAUCAGACUGAAGACCAUGCAGUAAUUUCACCAUGGAGAUGGUUAGCAGCGAUAGUGAUCCCGAUUCUAUUUUCCCUCUGGGGUUUAAAAAGACGCAGCUUAGACCUGAGCGGCGCGAUGCUAGGUCUGGUUGUCGGGUUUGUUUUGACGAUAACAAACUACGCGUAUUUAGCGGACCUCAUGUGCUUUUUUGUAAGUUCUUCUUUGGCGACCAAGUUCAGGAUGAAUGAAAAAAGGAAGCUGGAGGUUGACUUUAAGGAAGGAGGCCAGAGAAACUGGAUCCAGGUUUUAUGCAACGGUGGCAUGGCUUUGCAGCUGGCAUUGCUUUAUUUGUUAGAUGUUGGGUGUGGAGAAAGAGCUCUUGAUUUUGAUAAAGACUACCGGAGUUCUUGGUUGUCUAUUGGUAUUCUAGGAGCAUUUUCAUGCUGCAAUGGAGAUACCUGGGCAUCCGAAUUUGGAACGGCAAUCGGUAACUCGGAUCCGUUUUUAAUUACAACCCGAACAAAAGUUCCAAGAGGUACAAAUGGAGCAGUUUCAUUGGUUGGCUUAUUAAUGUCAUUACUGGGCGGAUUACUCGUAGGUGUAUUUCAUUAUUUAGCUGUACUGUACACAGUAGACUCAGUUGUACUUGAAAACUCAGCCCCCCAAUGGCCAAUUAUUGUAAUAGCCGGCCUCGGAGGUUUACUCGGCAGCAUUUUAGACUCUAUUUUCGGCGCUACGCUCCAGUAUUCCGGAAUUAACGAAGAGGGAAAAAUUGUUGAGCGACCUGGAAAAGGUGUCAAGCAUAUUUGUGGAAGACAAAUUUUGGAUAACCACAGCGUCAAUCUUUUGUCUAGCAUCGCGAUAGCUCUGACGCUUCCGCGGAUCGCUAAUUUUAUUUGGCCGUUUAUAAAAUAA